CGCGCCAACUGUUUCCGGGUUGCGUCGGACGUCGCUUCCGGAGCAGCAUGGCGGCCACUGAGGACGAGAAGCUAACGGGUAGCGGUGAGGGAGAGCGGCUGGAUUUCUUGCGGGAUCGGCACGUGCGGUUUUUCCAGCGCUGCCUCCAGGUUUUGCCGGAGCGCUAUUCUUCACUCGAGACAAGCAGGUUGACAAUUGCAUUUUUUGCACUCUCCGGGCUGGAUAUGUUGGAUUCCUUAGAUGUGGUGAACAAAGAUGAUAUAAUAGAGUGGAUUUACUCCCUGCAGGUCCUUCCCACAGAAGACAGAUCAAAUCUAAAUCGCUGUGGUUUCCGAGGCUCUUCAUACCUGGGUAUUCCAUUCAAUCCAUCAAAGACUCCUGGAACAGCUCAUCCUUAUGAUAGUGGCCACAUUGCAAUGACCUACACUGGCCUUUCAUGCUUAGUUAUUCUUGGAGACGACUUAAGCAGAGUAAAUAAAGAAGCUUGCUUAGCAGGCUUGAGAGCCCUUCAGCUGGAAGACGGGAGUUUCUGUGCAGUACCCGAAGGCAGUGAAAAUGACAUGCGAUUUGUGUACUGUGCUUCCUGUAUUUGCUAUAUGCUCAACAACUGGUCAGGCAUGGAUAUGAAAAAAGCCAUCACCUAUAUUAGAAGAAGUAUGUCCUAUGACAAUGGACUGGCACAGGGAGCUGGACUUGAAUCUCAUGGAGGAUCUACUUUUUGUGGCAUUGCCUCACUAUGUCUGAUGGGUAAACUAGAAGAAGUUUUUUCAGAAAAAGAAUUGAACAGGAUAAAGAGGUGGUGUAUAAUGAGGCAACAAAAUGGUUAUCAUGGAAGACCUAAUAAGCCUGUAGACACCUGUUACUCUUUUUGGGUGGGAGCAACUCUAAAGCUUCUAAAAAUUUUCCAAUAUACUAACUUUGAGAAAAAUAGAAAUUACAUCUUAUCAACUCAAGAUCGCCUCGUAGGAGGAUUUGCCAAGUGGCCAGACAGUCAUCCAGAUGCUUUGCAUGCAUACUUUGGGAUCUGUGGCCUGUCACUAAUGGAGGAAAGUGGAAUUUGUAAAGUUCAUCCUGCUCUGAAUGUAAGCACACGGACUUCUGAACGCCUUCUAGAUCUCCAUCAAAGCUGGAAAACCAAGGACUCUAAACAAUGCUCAGAGAAUGUACAUAUCUCCACGUGACUGACUUUAAAUUGGAAGGGUGGGGGGAUUUGUAGCAUAACUGUAGCUUAAGUUUAAAAGCCAUGUAUAACCAAGUGUGCUCUUUUUUUAAAAGGUAGAGUCUUACAAUCAAAUCUCCUGCUGAUGUCACUUUAGGAUAUGGUGUUGAACCAGUAAUCUUUGUACUGGGUUUCAAGAAAAUCUUUGUUGACGUUUGAACCACAACUUUGUCGUGGUUCUUAAAUGUUUAUAUUGUAUUUCUAAGAAGUUGUUUGAGGCAAAUUAACUGUAUGCGUGUAGGUUAUCUUUUUAAAAACUCUUCAGUGCAAAUUGUAUCUUACUAUAAGAUGGACGCGAAUCUUCAGAACAAGUUUACACUUCAUAUAGCAUUGAUAAUCUUCAGGUGAACACUUAGUGAUCAUUUGAAAAGCUCACUGUUUAUGGUAGAAAAUUUGCUUUAAUGACUUAAGUGUCUGGGAUUAUUCUUUGAAAACAGAUGACCAUAAUUUUUUUUUAAAGAAGAGUGACUUAUUUUGUCUUACUCUUAAGUGUGCCAAUUAAACCUGUGUGUCCUAUAUAAAUGAAAUUAAUAACUAAAUAGUAAGAAUAAAUAGGUUUAACUAAUGUGAUAAUUUUCUAAAGGGAGAUUGUUUGAAGACGACUAUUAUGUAACUGAGAGAAAAGCAACUUAACUGUAUGUGAUUGUGAAUGAGAGUUUUGUGCUAUGUGGGUCAUUUAUUUAGACAUUGCUGUGUUGAAUACCAGUUAUGUUUGAUUUUAUUCUCAAAUCGUUGUCUUUUUUUUUUUUUGCUUUCUGGAAAGCAAUAUUUUUUUAUAUUGAAGGAAAGAUACUUUGGGUUUUUAUUUUUAGCCAUUUGAGGUUUUUUUUGUUUUAAUUUGUUGCCUGCAGUGUGUUAGCUGCUCUAAUUUCAAACUAAUACUUUUCUAAUUUUUUUCAAAUUAAGUAAAAAAUUAAAUACAAAAACAGAACCACUCAAAUAGAUUCAGUGGUGCAACUCUAUACAUGGUCAUUAUUUUCCUAUGUUCAGGUAAGUGAGAGGAAAAUGUAACCACUUAGAGGGUAAGAAACUUGUUUUGUUUUCUUAAGCCUCUGAACUAGCUAAUUAUAAAGGAGAUUGUAUAAAAACUCUUCAUUAGUAAUUUAUCAAUAAGUCACAUUCAUUACUUAGUGACAUUCAGAACUAUGAGCCUAGUACAGAAAUGGGGAAAGAAAUCUCUUCACUAAAGGAGUUGGGUUUAAGUUAUCCUUGGUGAUAAUAAAUGUUGAAAUAUUAGUGCUGCAAGCAUCAGUACGAAAUCUAGAUUGCACUGUUUAGGCAUUGUAAUAUUUUAAAUGUUAUCUUUUUUCUAAAUUAGAGGAAAAAAAUGUUGGAAAAGUAACCGUCGUUCCCAAGGGAAACACUGUGUACUUGAAGAGAUGAUUCAUUUAUUAUUGGUGUGCUUAGUUUUAAGCCUGAGUUUGCCAAAAUUAACUUAUGUUUUUUAAUUAGAAAUAAAAUAAAUCUGAUGGUGGGGGGGAAAAUGAGCUUAAUAAUAGAUGUUAUUCUUUUAUAGGUUAUUCCAGUUGCUACUAUUUAAAUCCUAGCAAAUUAAGAUAUUCAGAUCUCAAACUAAGUCAUCUCUUAGACAUUGGAAGUUGAAGUAGCACAUAUAUAAUGCCUUUACGGCUAUAUAAAAAGCCCAAAUUGUUUUGUCUAUGUCACCAAGAAAGGUUACAAGGUAAGAAAGGUAGUAACAGUGACUGUAUUCAUAAAUAGAGAAAUUUCAAUCUAAAAGUAUUUCAUAAGGCUAAAUAUUUUCUAACUUCUUAUAAUGUAAUACCAUAAGUUUAUAAAUUAUAAUAUGCUUCUAAUUGAUAUGCUUGUGGGAGACUUUCUUGUGAAACUUUAUGGACUAGUAAAUGUUCACAUUCCACAGCAACUUCAUUGACCAAAAUAUAGGCCAGUGUGAAUUGUGGAGAAAUUAUUUCUAACUUUUCUAGUUAUUUGCAAGAAAAGUAUUUAUCAGUUAAAUAAACCAAUAUUUCACAUAUAUACUUUAUUUCUUAGCAGGAGUGAUAUAAUGAGGGGAAAUAUGAAGUCCAGAAUCUCAGAGAACUCUAUUUCCUACUCCCUGCUUGUCUCUUUCCCACCCCCUUCUUUUGUGGCAUUUUUUUUAGAAGGUAGUGGGAGGAGCUUUGUUUUGAGCAUCUGCAUACAAAUCAAAGUAAUCAGAUCAUAUGGCAUAAUUUAACCUGUUUAUCAUUUACAGUGUUUUUAGAUUUGACCUAUAAUAGAUGUGUGUUAUUAGAACUUUAGUUACUUAUAAGUAUUUAAUCUAAAUUCAUAGAGAAAUCUUGCUGACAAUGAUAUAUAAUUUGAAAACAUUUUUGAGAGACAGUUAAUGAGGAGGUGCUCUGGAAUCAGAUGACCUGGGUUUCAAUCCCAGAUUUGCCAGUUCAGCAGCAUGAUCUUAGACCCUAAUUCUGCCAUUGAUAAAAUAAAGAAAAUAGGAAAACCUAACUCACACAGGAGAUUGUUUUAGGAUUAAAUGAGAUAAUACAGAUAAAGCACUUAAAAUAGUAUCUGGAAUACAGCAAAUUUUUAAUUAUAGGUUCUGUUAUAAUGAAUAUAAAAAAAAUCUUUUUUUAAUUAAAGCCUCUCUUCUACAACAGAACGAGGUCUUUACAGUUUAAACUCAGGGGAAAUGAUGACAGCAGUAUUUUCUAAUCUCCCCAUAACAACACAGAGCAACUAGGAUAGCCACAGGCACUAUUACAAUGCUAGAUAUGACAAGGUAUCUCUAAGAACUUGAAAAUACAACUGAGUGAGGAGAAACCACUGACCCACAUAGUUUCAGUAUCUGUGGGAAGAAGUAGAAGGAAGGCAGCUGAUUUCUGACAGCUCUGCAAAUUGGAGAACUACAACACUCCCCCCAGUUUCUCACUACAAAGUACGGCGGGCCAGUCUAAGAACAGAUACUAAAACUGGGAAGUGUUCUACAGAAUCCCAUUUGCAGGUGAAUGUUAAUGCAGUAUGAUGAUAAGGUCUGAUGAUUGCAUUAGAGCAGUCUGGGUUUUACACUGUGUGCCCCUUGAAGCUAAUGAGACAAAGCCCAGCACUGAGGGCAAACUUCAGAAUUAGAAUCCAAAUGAGGCAGGAUGGGUAAAAGUGGACAAAAGAAAGAGAAGGUCUAGAUAAAUAUUGGGAAGAAAGGCCAAGAUACAAAGACUUUAUAUAUAUAUAUAUGUAUGUAUGUAUAUAUAUGUAUGUGUAUAUAUAUAUAUGUAUGUAUAUAUAUGUAUGUAUGUAUAUAUAUAUGUAUGUAUGUAUAUAUAUAUAUAUACACAAACAUAUAUAAUCUUUUAAAUCACUGUGAAAAUGAAAAGGGAGCUCUACGGCCAUGAAGGUGGAAGUCGUCCUAGAGCCACUCUUCCAUCUUAAAAGUACAGAAAAACUCAUUUCAGUUAAGGGGAAAAAAAGAGUAACUGAGCCAGUAUUAUAGUCCAACUUCAUUCAAUUUAGCAUAAGAAAUAAGAGAAUAAAUAGAGUAACAUCCUCACAGACAAUGAGAGCACACCAGAAAGACAUGACCACAAGAUGGAUUAAAAAAAAUAUUUGCCAAAAAAUAAAAAGCAAUUAUGACAGGAAAUGUAUAGCAAUUAGUACAAUUAUCAGUAAAAAUAGGAAAAAACAAUUAAGCAAGUAUCAAACACUUGGAGUAAAAAGCAAACCAAUAGAAAGCAGAAGGAAGGAAUUAAAGAUAAAAGCAAAACAAAAGGCAAUAAAUCCAAGUUGGUGAUGGGUAGUGUGGGGAGUUGAGUGAGAUAAACUACCAGCUAACCUAUUUACGAAAGAAAGGAGGAAGCACAAGUACAAAAAUGUAAAUGACAAGGGGGAAAUAGUAAAACAGGAAAUCUGUUUAAAUUGACUACUUUGAGUGAUUUUACACAGUAAAUUAGAAAACUAAGAAAAAUGCAAAUUGCCGAAAUUUACUCUAGGUAGAUAAAGUCACAACAAUUACCGUAGAAGAACAAAUAGCUGAAAGUACCCCUUACCAAAGAAACCAUCAAGCCCAGAUUGUUUCAAGGGAAUUUCUACCAAACCUUUAAGAUUAAAUAAUCCCAUUCUUGCUUAAACAAUCUAGAGACUAGGAAAAGAAUCUUGAACCUCAAAGUGCCAAAAAAAGAAACGCUUAAAUUUAUGUUAUAAAAUGAAUGUAAUAACAUUGAUUUAAAAACCUGACAAAGAUUGUACCAAAAAGAAAUUACAGACCAAUCUCAUUAAUAUUAAUGAAAAGUUUUAAUGAUAUAUUAGCAAACAAUCCAACAGCACUUUCAAAAGGUAAUCAUGACUAAAAUAGAUUUAUUAUAAGAAUGCAAGCGUAAUUCAAUACUAGAGAACCUGUUAAUGUUCAUCAUAUUAAGAGUUUAAAAAUUAUAUGAUUUCAUCUUUGUAGAAAAGACAUGAUAGAAAUUCAGCACUCACUUGUGUUAAAGAUACUAAGUAGAAAUUGAUGAAUAAUCUAUUAACAUUGUACCUCUGCCUGAAAGCCAGCAUCUUAAAUUUCAAAGCAGAAGAGACUUUCCAGCUGAAGACAGGAACAACACAUAUGCCUACUAUCUCCUCUACUACUUAACAAUGUGUUGAGAGUUUUAGCUAAUGAAGAUAGGUAAAAUAAUGACAUGUGAAUUGGAAAGGAAGAGGUAAAACUAUUUGCAGAUAUGAAUAUGUAUCUAGAAAGGUUAAAGGAACUUGUUGAAAAACUAAACAGUAAAAAAAAAACUUAGUAAAUUAGCUAUUAAACACAAUUAACUUACAAAUAGUCAGUAGGCUUUACCAGACACAAGUGCAUGCUUUGAUUCCAUUUCAGUGAAGUUCAAAACAGGCAGCAUUUAUAUACGGUGUCAGAAAUCAGCACCCCCUUUCAGUCACUACCUCUCUUCCCAAAGGUAAGCACUAUCAAAAUCAUCAAUUAGUUUUGUCUGUUUUUGAACUUUAUUUAAGUGGAACCAUAUAGUAAACAUUAUUUUUCAACUGGCUUUAACUCAGUAGGACUGAAAGAGGGUACAAGGGGACUCUGUGGUGCUGGUAAUGUUCUGUUUCAUGAUCUUGGUGCUGGUUACAUAGGUGCAUUCACCUUAUGAAUAUUAUCAAGCUGUAUAUUUGUGCACUUUUCUAAAUGUAUAAUUACAGCUUAAUAAAAAUAUUUACUAAAAAGUAACAAGACUAUACACACACAAACCUAAACUAGUUAGAAGAUAAUUGAAGAGAAGACCCCCUUUGUGAUAGCAAAAUUAAAGUAAACUUAAGACAUGGCUAAAAUCUAUGUGAGGGGAAAAAAAAAAACCUUGAAAGACAAAAAUGUAGAUUCCAACAAAUGAAACGAUACAUGAUAUUCUUAGUUAGAAAGACAACAUCAAAACAUGGUUUCCCCCUUAGGGGAAUACAGUGCCAUCUCAAUAAAAAUUAUGAUUUCAUUGAGAGAAUAUACUAGAAUAACCAUGGAAACUGAAAAGAAUUAGGGGAUCGGCCCUAUCAGACACUAAAACAUACUCUAAAUCUUCCAUGGCAGAAGCCGUCAGAAUUUUUUAAAGUGUGCACACUUUUGGCCCAGAGAGUCUGUAUCUAUAGAUUUAGCAUAAAGAAACAUGCAAAUAGGCAAGGGUACAUUUUCAAGGGGUUCACUGCCACAUUUUUGUAAUUGUGACAAAGAAGAUACUGAUUAUGAUACAUUUAUGUAACUCAAUACUAUGAAGUAUGGAUAUUGGAGGGCAUUUGUAAUGUUAAAUAAACGAAAAGUUUUGUAUUGGUGCAUAAAUAAGAAGUCCAAUGGAAAAGAAGAAUUCCAGAAAUAGACUCAAUGGCAUAUUAGAAUACAGUAAAGACAGCAUCUCAGGUUAGUGGGAAAAUGAACUUUUUUUUUUUUUUUUGAGACGGAGUUUCGCUUUGUUACCCAGGCUGGAGUGCAGUGACGCGAUCUCGGCUCACCGCAAUCUCCGCCUCCUAGGCUCAGGCAGUUCUCCUGCCUCAGCCUCCCGAGUAGCUGGUAUUACAGGCACGCGCCACCAUGCCCAGCUAAUUUUUUGCAUUUUUAGUAGAGACGGGGUUUCACCAUGUUGACCAGGAUGGUCUCGAUCUCUUGACCUCGUGAUCCACCCGCCUCGGCCUCCCAAAGUCCUGGGAUUAUAGGCGUGAGCCACCGCGCCCGGCCAAAAAUGAACUUUUAAGUAAGUGCUAUUGAGAUUACUGGUGCUUAAUUAUUCAGAUAUUUACAUUUUAAAAAUAUAUAUAGCUUAUUGCACUUUGAACCUAUUAUUUUUAAAACGAACAUUUAGUUUUAUCAUUUAAAGAAAAAGUGAUAGUUUUCUCCCCAUCCCAGCCUGUAUUAUACCCACAGCCUAUACUUCCUGGAGAUAAACACCACUGUUGCAUAAAUCUUUCAGACCUUUAUCUCUGCAUAUAGAGAUAUAAAAAUAGAGAAUAUACUUUAAAUGUCUGUACAUUUAAGCAUUACUUAUCACAAUACAAUGUAUACUUAUACAAACAUAGAUACAUGUAUGUAUACUGUUCAUAAAGAUCUGAGGUGCUAAAUAUUCUGUGAGUCUUUUUCAUUUAACAAUAUAAUUCCUUUCAAUAUCCAUAUUUUAAUAGUUGCAUAGUAUUGCAUUGCAUAAAUGUACUAGAUCAGUGCAAAAGUAAUUGCAGUUUUUGCCAUUUUUCACAAUUAUAAAAAUAUUGCUAUGAGAUCUUUGAAAAUGUAUCAUUGUCCAUUUGCAUGUUUGUUUAAAUUUAUAGAUAAGGAGUACCUGGGGCAAAAAGUGUGCACAAUUUAAAGUUGAUAGGGUUUUUUUUUUUUGUCCAAACUGCUUUCUAAGAAGGUUGUACUAAUGCAUACUUUUAUCUUGACACUAAGAUUUUAAAUAUGAUCAGAAAAUGGGCUUCUGAUAGUAAAACACCAUCUACUUGUAAUAAUUGUGGCAUUGGAAAAGACCAUUGUGACUUAGUUCCUCAAACUCAUUUACAAAUUAUAAAUCUGAGCUCCAAAUGUGAAUUAACUCACAAGAUAUUUAAUAAUUAGUAGCAGUACUGUAACUAGAGUGCAUGUUUUCUGUCUCCAGAAAUAGCAUUUUUUAUGCCGAUUUUUUUGAAGUGAUCAUUUUUCAUCCUCUUCUUUCCACAUUGUUUCAUGUUUGUUCUACUAACUUUUCAGUAAAGAUCUUGAGGCUCUAACUAAAUUAAGGGUGGCCAUUAAAAGUAUGUGUGGGAUUCCCUGAACCAACUGAUAAUGCACUACCAGCAUAUAAGGUGUCCUCAUUGAAGCAGCUGGUGAGUGGCACGUGAGAUCUCACAUUUGUUUGCAACUUCUUGUGAGUCUAUAAAUGUGUCAAAAAGUUUUAAAGUAUGAAUGAGAACAUGAAAGACAUAAUUCACUGGAGAAAUUGUGAAGUAAAAGUAAAAGAUUAUGAAUUUAGGCUCAAAGCCAAUUUCCAUCUCAUUUAAUCCUGCAUGAGCAAGUCAAGGAGUUUGGUAGAGCUUUAUGAAAUCUCUAAGGAGUGAAGAAAAACAAUCGCUAAAAUCAAUUUGAUAAAGAGCAACUAAGUAGUAUGCUGGCCUGUUAAUGGAUUUUCAUCUUGUCAUUUAAAUUUUAGCAAUUGAGUAUCACACUACAACACCCGCAAAUGAGAUCCGUUACAGAAUAUCUUUUUUGUACUACAGAACAUACUGUAGACAGUUAUUCAGUGAUUCAAUUAUAGAAAUAAUCAGAAGAUGCUUUUUACUUAUGACUCAAUGCAUUUUAAUAUUUCUCAUUAAGAGAAAUUUAGGUUGUUUAUUUAAAAUUCACAAAUGUUGCUGUGAACAUUUAUUCACUUAUUUAUUUUUAUAGGACUCCUAGGAAGAAAUUCGUGGACUAAAGGAUUUAUGCUAUAAAAAUAUUGGUAGUUACUGCCUAGAAUUGCAAUCCAGAAAGUGCAGCCAUUCAUAAACACAAUGACGGGUAUUAGAGUACCUGUUUCCUCAUGUCUUUUGCCACACUGGAUUUUAUCAGUCAUACAAAGUUUUUCAUUCUAGGUGGGAGAAAAUGGUAUUCCAUUUUUGAUAAUGUGUGGAAAUCAAGUUCUAAUAAGUUUGCGGGGAGGUUAAUUCUUUAUAUGUGCUGUAUGAAUUAAUGCCAACUGUAUGCCUGUGAGAGUGAAAUAAGAAUAAUGAUUAAGCAGGACUUAGAGCACUAAUUUUCCAAGUUUGGUUUGCAGAUGGAAACAUUAGCAUCACCUGGGAACUUGUUAGAAAGUGCAGAUUCUCUAGCUGUACCUUAGACCUCCUGAAUUAGAAACUUUGGGAGUGGGGUUAGACAUUAGUGUUUUAAACAAGCCCUCCAAGUAGUUUCGAUGCACAGUCAAAGUUGAGAACCAAUCACUGAUAGAGAAAAAGCAGCAUGGGUAGAAAAAGUAGUGGAGACCCCAUAAUUAUUUGCAAAUUUAUAUUUAUAAAAGAUAGGAGUCUUAACAGUAAGCUCAGUAUAAAUCAACAAUGUGAUCUUUACUUCUACCCUCAAAAAACUAAUAUGAUCUUAGUCUGUGGUAGCAGGAUUGAAACCAUAAUAAAAGCUCCAAUAUGCAAAGAAAA